AUGUCGGCGGACGCAUGGAUACAAUCGUUAAUACUAUCCCAGUCCGGUGAACAUGCAUUAACAUGGUCCCUAAUGAGCAUACCCUUCAUCCUCCUUCCCAUCCGUCUCUACCUAAGAUACAUCCACCACCACCGUCUCCUCUCCGACGACUACCUCCUCUUCGCCGCCUUCCUGCUAAUGAUCACCCUCGGCGCAAUUCACACCUACCAAUACCCAAUCCUAUUCCAAGCACACUACUACUUCAUGAACACAGACAAAAUUAAAACCUCCUUCCCACCAGAAUUUCUCAGAAAUGAAAUCCAAUCCCUCUCAAAAUCACAGUUUGCAAAGAUUUUUAUAAUAUGGACGUUACAAUGGUGUUGUAAAUUGAGUUUACUCCUGUUUCUUAGACGGUUAUUGAAGGAAGUUAAUAAUACGCCAGCAUUCAUAUUAUUUAUGAAUUGGUGGAGGUGGUGGUGGUGGGGUGUAAUGGCGAUAUGUACGACGGUCUGGUUAGUGGGUGUACUUAUCAAUUGCUUUACUUGUUUCCCACCGAAGAGGAGGUGGGAGGGUAAUUCCUGCAACAUAUCAACCACCAAUAACGGUCUAAUCGCCGCCACAAUCCUGGACAUAACCUCAGACGUCGGCAUAAUCCUUCUCUUCUCCAAUCUCUUCUUUCUCUAUCGACUAAAAAUCAAAUUUCCACUCUGUCAGAAACUCAUCAUAGUUGGUGUUUUCGGUCUAAGCAUAGUUAUCUUGAUAUUCCUCGCAAUCUUCAGAGUUAUAUUAUUAUACAAAUCAAGGGAGACGAAUAGUAGUAUAUGGUUGAACGGAAUAGCCGCAGCGCAAUCCGAACAGGUUUUUGGAACUACGGCCGUUGUUAUUGCGAUUUUGCCGGGGUUGGAGCUGUUUUCUACGAAGCAGAAGUCUACGCAGGAUGUGGAGGGGUUGCAGAAUACCAAUGGUGAUAGUAUUCAUAAGAGCAAAACUAAGGGGGAAACAGUCGACGACAACGGCAAUACCACAUUGUUCUCAACGUUAACAACUUGGACACCUGAAGAAGGAGAACAACAACAGCAACAAGAGGAGGAUAAUACAGUGUGUCUAAGAAAGUUUAUGAAACGUGAAUCCAACCAUAACGUUGUGGCACCGUUUCCCGAGCCCGAGGAAUAUACUCCGGCGAACGAUAUCAAUAAUAAUGGAGGGCAGAACAUUUAUGCCCCAUCUACGAAUGUACCUCCUAUACAGGUUAAGUUACGCCAGGUUAUACCGGAUAUAGGUGGAGAAACAUCGCCUGUUAUACGGAAACGGUGA